AUUGUCAGACACUUAGGUUGAUUCCAUAUCUUGACUGAUAAUAGCUGACUUCUGUGGAGCACUUGCUAUGGGCACUUCAUGUAGAUUAUCUCCUUUUAUCCCCCAAACUAAGUGUACUGCCAGUGCUCCAACUACUCUGCAGAAUAGAAACUGUCGCUUAGAGUUUCCCACCUUUUUCUCUCUCUCUCCUUCUCUGAUUUCAUUUUUUAGAACCAGCACUUUUAACUCCUAUGUUAUAUUUGUUCCCAGUUAAAUGAGUGAACAUAGGUAAAAUAGUAUAAUGCCUAUCCAAUAAUAGCUACUCAAUAAUUAAAUUCUCUCUUUUUCUCAAUACUUAGAAAUGUUAUGGAGUAUCAGGGGCUGCAAGCUCUACAUUGAGAUAGUAGAAAUGAAAACUAAAGAAAGAUUCGUGAACCUCACUUUCUGCAGUGUUCCUGGACCAAGGUCGAUGGAAUUAGCCUCGCUGAUAGUCUUCAAAGGACCCAAGGACCUGUCAAGGAUAUGUAUGUCUAUACUUGUAUGUCUACAAGAACAGAAAUUGCCACAGCCACCUCAACCUUCAGCAACUACCAAACUGAUCAGCCAUCAACAUUGAAGUGAGACCCUCCACCAGCCAAAAGAUUACAACUUGCCAAAGGAAGGCCUGGACGACGGCCCCGACUUCCUCUCGGAUGAGGACCGCGGACUUAAAGCAAUAAAUGUGGAUCUUCAGAGUGAUGCUGCUCUGCAGGUGGACAUUUCUGAUGCUCUUAGUGAGAGGGAUAAAGUAAAAUUCACUGUUCACACAAAGAGUUCAUUGCCAAAUUUUAAACAAAAUGAGUUUUCUGUUGUUCGACAACAUGAGGAAUUUAUCUGGCUUCAUGAUUCCUUUGUUGAAAAUGAGGACUAUGCAGGUUACAUUAUCCCACCAGCACCACCAAGACCUGAUUUUGAUGCUUCAAGGGAAAAACUACAGAAGCUUGGAGAAGGAGAAGGGUCGAUGACAAAAGAAGAGUUCACAAAGAUGAAACAGGAACUGGAAGCUGAAUAUUUGGCAAUAUUCAAGAAGACAGUUGCAAUGCAUGAAGUGUUCCUAUGUCGAGUGGCAGCACACCCUAUUUUGAGAAAAGAUUUAAAUUUCCAUGUCUUCUUGGAAUAUAAUCAAGAUUUGAGUGUUCGAGGAAAAAAUAAAAAAGAAAAGCUUGAAGAUUUUUUUAAAAACAUGGUUAAAUCAGCAGAUGGAGUAAUUGUUUCAGGAGUAAAGGAUGUAGAUGAUUUCUUUGAGCAUGAACGAACAUUCCUUUUAGAAUAUCAUAACCGAGUUAAGGAUGCAUCUGCUAAAUCUGAUAGGAUGACAAGAUCCCACAAAAGUGCUGCAGAUGAUUACAAUAGAAUUGGUUCAUCAUUAUAUGCUUUAGGAACUCAAGAUUCUACAGAUAUAUGCAAGUUUUUUCUCAAAGUUUCAGAACUGUUUGACAAAACAAGAAAAAUAGAAGCACGAGUGUCUGCUGAUGAGGACCUCAAGCUUUCUGACCUUUUAAAAUAUUACUUAAGAGAAUCUCAAGCUGCUAAGGAUCUCCUCUACCGAAGGUCUAGGUCACUAGUGGAUUAUGAAAAUGCUAAUAAAGCACUGGAUAAAGCAAGAGCAAAAAAUAAAGAUGUUCUACAGGCUGAAACCUCCCAACAAUUAUGUUGUCAGAAAUUUGAAAAAAUAUCUGAAUCUGCAAAACAAGAACUUAUAGAUUUUAAGACAAGAAGAGUUGCUGCCUUCAGAAAAAAUUUAGUGGAACUGGCAGAGUUAGAAUUGAAGCAUGCAAAGGGUAACCUACAGUUGCUGCAGAACUGCCUGGCAGUGUUAAAUGGAGACACAUAAGCCACUCCCUGCCUUCCUAUUACAAAGGGCUGCCUUCCUUCAAAUUUUAUUUUUGUUUUCUUCAUGAUUUAGGCAUUUGUGCUCACUGGAAACAAACAAAAAACAGCUGACAGAGUGCAUCUCCUCUUCCUUUUCCGAGCAGCGGUGGGGCGGUGCCGUGCACGGGCAGAGCCACUCUGUGGUGGAGCGCGGCGCUGGCUCCCCGACAGCUGCCCGUCAUCGGCGCUCGUCCUGCUCAGAAGUCCAAAGUUCCUUCUUUUUCAGAGUAGCCUCUAUAACUGUGUUUAUUUUAUAAAUGGUAUUCCUUACGGCUACCAAUCUUAUUUACCUUUAAAGUUUUGAAGUUUAACCCUUUCAAAAUGCAUUCUCCAAACAAGAUAAAGAUUGCCUUUCUUGAGUUUUUUUUUUUUAAUUUUGUUUUUAAACAGCAUUGUAUACUACUUAGUUCAUUCAUGUAUCCUGGUAAAGCAUCUUAACCAGACUUAUUUUUAAUUAAUGAACAUUUCUUAGAUGUUUUGGGACAGAAUUUAUGUAAUCUUUAUAAGUAUGAUUUCUGAAGAAAAGCAAAUGCAUUAUUAGUAUGUUUGCCUUAAACUUGUAGACUAAACCAAUUAUUGUAAAAUAAACAGCGAUAACAGUGAUAGUUUUUAACCAUGUGGUCACUGUAUCACUCUCUAAAAUGUGGAGUAGCUAUAAUAAAUCUACUCCUGUAUUAUGCUUUACAGUGCAGGUCUUAGUUUUUCUUUCUUCUUCUUUCUUCUAAAAUGGCAUAUUGAACAAAGUUCCCUGAUUUGUUUGCAAAAGAAUAAACUACUCCUCUCUGUCUA